GGAGAACGUACUCCUCGCGCGCGCCUCAGUCGGUGACUCGGCGCCACCGGGUGAAAAAGCGUUGCCGCUUUUGCGUCGGUGUGUGUACCGCGUGUGUGCGUGUAUUGUGCCGGGCGAAAGAAGCGUCAUGAACGACGACGAGACGGAGAGGUGCGACCACGUGGUGCGUGUGUGUGUGUUGUACCCCGCCGCGGGUGCGCGUCGACGGCUUGCCAUCCCCGACGGCGGCGAGAAGACGGGCCGUCGUCACCGCCAGCGUGCUUGUUGAACGCCGCCGCGCGUACCGGUCGGCCGGCGCUCUUCGGUGUUCCCGUGGAUCAGCCGCGUGCUCGGUGCUGCCUGACGCGCGGCCAGGAUUCAAUGUCACGUCGCAAGCAGUCCAACCCCAAGCCCCUGAAAAGAAAAGCCGAGGAGGAGUUGGAGGAGCUUGCCGAGUCCCUGCAGCUUCCCCUCGAAGCCCUGCAGCUGCGCGAGAGCGCCGACCUGGCCCAGCCCGAGGUGACCGUGUACGCCAGGGCCAUGCUGCGAGGAGGCACCCUCUUCGGGCCCUACCCGGCCAUGCUGGUGCCCCAGCACCUUGAGCACCACGUGGCGAUCCAGCCGAGGGACGGCAACCCGGGCGUGAACCUGAGGCUCAAGCAGGCGGCCGGCACCUGGCUCAAGAUGCUGCGCCUGGUGCGGCGAAGAGAAGAGGCGAACGCGAGUCUCUCGCUCGAAGGCGACGAGGUCUGGUGCAACUUAACCCGUGACGUGAGUGCAGACAGCGAACUGUUGGCGCACGUAAACCUACCUUCCAUCGACGUGGCAGCAUCCGGUGGACCAGCUUCCAGAACGUCCCAGGAACCCUCGUCCCGGAACACCCCUCCCGGGGGCGAGCCACCACCGUGCGAAGAAAGUGCUGCCGCCGCUCCCGCCACCUCGGACGCGGACGUAACGGCAGAAAACGAUCAUCGAGACAGCGCCUUGAGACACGUGCACGUCCUCGGGGACAACACAGGUGGCACAACCCUUCUUCACCCAAACUUACAAACAGAUUCAAGAGCCCACGUUGAUCUCCGCGUCCCGGACGACGAUGAUGACGAUGAUGAUGAUGAGUGCGUUGUCAAUGUCCACGAAGACGUCUCUCAGCCUGAGGUACAAGUGGCCAGCUCGCCGACCUGUCAGGCUGUGGAAGCUUCGGCGAAGGGCUCUGAUGCCAACAGUGAAGGGACUUUGACUCGGUCCUCGCUGAGCCCUUGUCCCGCGGCCUCCGCGAGGGUGAAGCGCGAGGCGGUCAGUCCAGUGGCCGUCGGACAGCCUUCCAAAGAUGCCGGCUCGGAAGAAGCGGACAAGCCUCCGGCGACCACCGACGGCGCCGGCAAGGGCGUGGCGCCGGUGCCGGUGACGGGGCUGCCCCUCAAGUACGAGCAGGUGAACGGCUUCAACCCGCUGGCCAACGCGGUUCAGGCCGUGGUGCUGGAACAUCCUCUGACGCUGCUGCAGGCUCAAGCUUUCAAGUGCGUUAUGUGCGGCAUCCAGUUCAGCAGCAUCAAGACCCUCCGGGCGCACCAGACCUACUACUGCACCAAGAGGCUGGACAAGCUGCUCGUGCCCUCGGUCCAGCACGACACCGCCGAGGACUCGAGCGGAGGCGGCGUCUCUUCGCCCAGACCACGGGGUUCAUCUCCGCACAAGAACGGCGCAGACGAGGGCAGUCCCGAAGAGUCGGCGGCGCCAGCCAAGCGUCCCCGACGCGAAGACAGCUCUCCGCUAAGCUCAGACGCUUCUUCAACUCCCAGCAAGUCGCCCAAGGCCGGCCGCUGCUACCAGUGUCCGUACUGCUCGUACGCCUACGACCGGAAGGGCAGCCUCACGCGUCACAUGCGGCUUCACGGAUCCCCGCCGUCGCCACCUAGCGCCGACCCAGUGGGCGCCGAAGACGUGUCCAUGCCGCCCGGUGCACGCUACUGCUCAAACUGCGACAUCCAGUUCUCCUCCUACAAGACGUUCACGGUACACAAGCAGUACUACUGCAGCACGCGCCACGUCCAGAAGUCCGCUGCUGCCGCCGCCACCUCAGUUGUCCCACCUCCCCAACAAGGCCCUGAGCACGUGUUGCUGAACCAACCCCUCUUCGCGGCCAUUUCGACAAACCCGCUCAUCCUGGUGCCCUGCUCUUACGUUCCUGGCAACGGCCUGGUACCGACUAGCGCCACAUCCGCUAUCACGCCCGCGAUUGUCUGUCAGCAACCGGUGACGACCACUGCCCCCAUUGUCCCUGAAGUGGCCAAGGAAAACGGCGCGAGACCUCGCGAAGCGGACUUACAGGUGACCGAGCAGUCCAGCGUCGAAAGGGAGUCCCCUUCGGUGAAACAAGAGGAGCCCGCGUCCGAGACGCCGCUGGACCUUCGACUCCGAAAAGACGUGGAGGCGUCUCCCCGGUCCUCCCCGACUCCGGGGACGUCGGGGGAGAUGCCCGCCAUCGUCGUUGGCGGGCUGGACCCGCUGGGGGACCAGGUGGUGGUCAAGCAGGGCACCUCCCGCUGCCGCGAGUGCAACAUCGUCUUCUACAAGCACGCGAACUAUCUGGCCCACAAGAGGCACUACUGCGCGUCGCGGCAGCAGAAGCUUGGCCGUCUGUCGUCGCCGUCCGGUGACGAGGGCUCGUCGUCCGAGCUGGCAUCCAGGUCACCCGCGAACGCCACCGCUUCCCCGACAGUCGACGCUUUCCCGCAGCGAUCGGCGACCGCCCAGUCACCGCAGCCCAUGUACCAGUUUUACUGCCUUGCGUGCGGCAUCAAGUUUACUUCGCUCAGCAACCUGCAGGCGCAUCAGACGUACUACUGUCCCAAGCGGGACGUGCUCAAGGGUCAGGUGGGCGUAGCGGCCGUCACCCGGCCCGCAGAGUUCGUCUGUCCGCGCUGCCGCCUGUCGUACCAGAGCGACGAGGCCCUCAAACAGCACCUGUGCGCCGCCGCGCUUCGUAAAUGCCCGUACUGUGACGUGUUCUGUCCGACACAGAUUGCCGCGCAGCGACAUCUUGUCACUCACACCGGAGUCCGGGCGUUCCGGUGCGCCGCGUGCGGCUACAAGGGGCACACUCUUCGCGGGAUGCGCACCCAUGUGCGUGUCCACCUUGACAAGGGCACCCAGCUUCAAGAAGAAGCCCUUAUCCUUUGCGUCGGUGCCGACGGCAGUACCGUGUGCCCGUGGAACGGAGCGUCUGCCAAUCCGAUGCCCAUAGCGCCCAAGUCGCCCGUGGACACAGUCCAGGAAAAGGCCAAGGAAGGCGGUCAGCCCUCUGCAAGGUCGGCCAGUCCUCCUACGGCCAGCUCUGCAGCCGAGGAGUCAGUUGUCUCCCGCGCCGCCGCCAUCGAGGACCAAGGGCCUCCGUCUUCGGAACUCUUGCACUGGUGCAACCUGUGCGGCUACUCGUCAUCCUACAAAGGUAACGUGGUUCGGCACGUCAAGCUGGUUCAUCGGGACGUCGUUGCCGCAUCGGCUGUCCAGUCGUUCACGAGUGAGCGCCCGAGGACCGUGGAUGAGCGACGCUCCCCAGCGCCGCCAUCCGACAUCAAGACGGAGCAGGUCUCAGACGCGGAGGACGUCUCAGUGUCUCAAGACCACGAACAAGAGGAAGGUGGUGUGGAGGAUCCCCGACGCGCGGAGUCUCCUGUUGUGACGGAAGCCAAUUGCGACGUGUCCGCCGCCGAGUCUUCGCCCCCGCCGAUGGGUGGAGAGGGAGUGAAGCCGCCGCAGCUACAAGGUCCGAAGUACUGCAAGUCGUGCGACAUCUCGUUCAACUACCUGUCCACGUUCAUCGCCCAUAAAAAGUACUACUGCUCGUCACAGGCGGCCCCGAAUCCCGGUGGAGAGGUGCGACUAGCGGAGGAAGGCUCCACAUAAUCGAGGACUUCGUGCUGUUUCUCGGCGAGCCAGCUGCGCCGAUUCCCCAAGAAGGAAACGCCACGGCGAGAUCCCAAGAGGACGACCCGACCGGGCAACCCUGCAAUCGGAUGGUCAACCCGCACCCGUGUCGAAUACCUGACACGUCGUCACAUUGACAACAGUGUUUGACUUGGAAGGCGCUAGGUGUAGGUGUCACAACCCUCCAAGAUGUAUAUGGUGGCAUUUAUGCACUCUUUACACCCUUCUGCUGCACCCUACGCUGGACGUGAUUCCGGCUGUAGUAUUUACAACGUCGGUGGUGUAAAUUCUAGAAAGUUCCCGAGAACGAGCAUUUACACCGAUGUGUACAUAGUCCAGCUUAGAGCUGCGCAUUUCCUUUUAUGUGUGUAUGUAUGUGUGUGUGUGUGUGUGUUAGAGUUGGAUGUGGAGGACGUUGGGGAUUACUGCAAUAUAUAGAAAGCUGCCGCUUUAGUCGGUGACAUAUAUCUAUCAAGACACUCGUCCUUGGGUCGAUGUGUCGGAAUAAUGUCGCGAUGAAGGAACUCUCAACGUACGUUUCGUCAAGCCUACUCCAUAGCGUGUCGUCAACCGUUCCUGUGGCGUCGGACCGUUCUGCCGGGGUUCAAAAUUACAGGCAUUAUAGUCGCAACCACCCCAGCAACUAUGACGUGUAGGUGCGCCGAUCCCAGCCCAUGUGUCGCCACCAGUCUUUUGUUAUGCCUGUCUCACACUGUAGCAAGAACAAUGGUUGCUUGCUCUCCGGCAAAAACUGAGGGUAGAGCAAGCGACGAAUGUUUAGGCUUGGUCAAACCCACCUUCGCAUGUUGAUGAACGCUACGAGGGUCGGCAGACCCGUAGCCGUACAUAGCAGACGGCUUCGUGAGUGUAGAUUGCGUUGUCCUCCGAACUCCGCGCGGUUUACCUUUGAAAGUGUCACACUUAUACAAAGUAGGGCAUUUAAACAAAACUUUGACGUCUUUUACCGGUGAAGGCUGACAGUGAUGUCUGGAGAAACGAAGGAAAUGAUGGAUUUGAGGUGUUAUGUUCGGCAUUUGUUUUUACAACGAGCAAUCAAAGAUUGCUAUUUCGACAAAAAUGACACAAAUGAACUUUUUUCGCUUUAUUUAUUUCCCAGCAGUUAUGCAGUUACUCUUGUAGGACCUGUAUAUAACUGUUGAUCUCGAAAAAAAAAAGAAAAGAUAACGGUCUCACGCGUCAUUUUUUAUUUUUCUCAUGAACUUGCUCAGAUCACCUAACAGCUAAAAGCGAUCAUUAUUUUACUAAGAUAAACUAUUAGCUUCCAACGUUUCUAGCGUCGUUUUAUAUGAACAAGUACCAUGAAUUUCCCUUUAUAACGUGUUGAUAAGGCGUUUUCACGAGUAGCUCCAAGAAAUUGCAUGUAUCAGAAAUGCUACUGGACCAAUGUCGGAAAUUGGAAAUUGGCAUUAGGGUAAACGAAAACAUAUUUUCUUUUUUUCGACACCAACUUUGCUGCUGUACGCUCCUCAAACAUCACCCAUUUCAUGUGAUGCUCCCAUUGCAACUCUAUACGUUGCGAUGGUGUAACAUAUCACGUGCUUCUGGUGACCAAAAGUGCAAGAUGACAGAAGGGUAAAAGAAAGCAGCCAAAAAAAACAAAACAAUAAGGGACGUGUGCUUGUAGUUCAUCCUUAUUCGCGCUUUUCCGUGCCAUCUGUGUGUACGCCUUGUCGAUGUAAAUACUAUAAAUAUGCGCUUGUAUCCGCCUAACCGUAGUGGUAACACAUUGCCAGAAGUCAACCUCAAGGCUUGUUCACACACUUGCCACUGCUUAGAACCGAGUGCCUUAAAAAAUCUCUUAAGACGAGACAACACAACGGCGCCAUCUAUCGAGUAGCCGUGGAACACCCGGCAUUUCCGUUCAUUUCCUUUUUCUUUUCGUGCAUUAUUUUUUCUUUCUUGGCCAGAAAAGCUUUUUUGACGAUGCUGUAAACGACCCUUUCUCAUAUAGCGCGUGCACUUGAUGUCGUAAACACCGCAAACACCGCAAAACCUUCCCUCUAACAAAAUGCAGGUCAAGGGUCACAUCAUAGAUGGCGCCAGCGUGCCAUUGUCUUGUCUCGUCGUAAGAGAUCCCAAGAACUCGGCCGUAAGCAAACGCCAGUGUGUGGACGGGCCUUCAAUCAACCCCUCCUGGAUGACAAAGCCGCACUGCUGAUUUUUUUGGCGUCACCUACUGAAGUCCAACGCUAGGCCCUGAUUGGACACGACUGCCGCGUCAGAGUUCGGUUGGGAAUCGUGUUCAGUCGCUGAGAACACGAGCCACUAAGGCAGCAGUCGGUCCCAAAAUGUCUGCCUCGCAUUGGCCUUCAUUAGGUGGCGCCGACGAUUCGGCGCUACGACUUCGUCAUCUUGGAGGUGCUGUAUCGGUCCACCGUUGCCCCGUGCUCGUUGUCUAGACCCGGCCAGGUAACAGAGGCAUUCCACAAUCGUUUUUCUCAAGUUCAGUUUUGAAGUUGUGCAAUCUGGAAAGGGCUGUGGGACAUAGCAGUGCUUGGUCCUUGAGGCCUCACGCGGAGUUUUGUCACUCCUCGACGCUACGUAAAGGAUUUCUCUUUGUCGGAAACGAACACGUACUAUACACACAGUCGCGGACAAAAAGAAGCUCGAACGCCAAAGUACGCUUGGUCAUUAGCGUUCGGGGCCCGCCACAGGUCCCUCGGGCCGGCCGAUGAUGCUCAGAGGCCUUUACAAAGUCGCACAAAGCAGUUAGGCGAGCUUGAUGGUGCGUUAUAGUUUAUUUCGUCCCCGACUGUAUUGUGCUCACGAGUAGAUGAAAAAUAACAACAACAGCGAGAACGUUAAUAAUGGCGUAGUAAAAUUAUUCUAUCUUGCUACAAGAGUCCACCAAAAUAUGUUCUCUAUCUGAUGGAAACUUGCAGUAUAAAGUCGCGUCUAGUGCCACUAAAUAAGCUACGCUUCAUGAGUAAUGACACUAAUUCAUUUUAUGGCUUAAAAUCAUGGUUGCCAGUUAUCUGAAGCUUCAUCUGAAGUCACAGAAAACGCUUUUCCAUCGAAAAUAACGUAAUAAGGCAGGCGAGCCGGUUAAACAUUUCUAAAUGCUUUUCCAUCCUUCAUACAUGUUUACGCAGUUUGCGACAGAGCAAAGCCAAUGUUAUAUGAACUUCCUAACACCGAAUCUAAU